UGUUCUGAUAGCAAGACAGAGAGAAGAUAGUUUGCAAAGACAGAGAAAAUAGUUUGCAAGGACAGAGAGUGAGAGAGAAAAUAAGAAAAGAGAAGAGAAAGAAAGAAUACGAAAUUAAUUGUGUCUAGACAAGAUAGCUUUUGAAGAGACAAGGACGAAAACAGAGUAAGGACGAAAAUCAAGUCAAAAAGUUACAGAAAGUUAAGAGUGUGAAAGGAGGUUGGCAGUGUGCGUGUAUAGUGUAACGAGUAUGUGAUGAACUGACUGAUUCCUGCUUAGUUUAUCUUCCCCAGUGUGUAAGACGGUGAUCAGAGAGCCACUAUAAUGACAGAUCAGAACCCCUUAAGCAUUGUGGGCGAGAAAGAGAUGAUGUUUGAAGGAUAGGGGAAAUGAAAAAGAACAACAACAACAACAACAACAACAAUAACAGCAACAGCAACAAUGAUAAGAUUUAGAACAAGAACAAGGGCAAGAAAAGUAGAAAAGAGUGAAAGAAACAGAAGUAGAAAAGCAUGAAAAGAUACAAUAAUAACAACAACAGCAACAACAGAAGAGGCAGGAACAAGAAGAGAUCUGAAAUAAUGAAACCAUAACAAGUAAACCUAGACAACAACAACAACAACAACAACAACAACAACACGCUACAAACAAAGCCUUUUAACUCAUUUACACGCAUAAAAAAAAGUAGUUUCCCAGACAAAUCAUUUCUCACUACACCCUCUAACACACCCAAGACACUUCCAUGAUUCACGCAAAACACGAGAGUCAGCGAGGUGGAGAAGAGAUGGGCGUGGCUUAAAUGACAUCACAACACACCUGAGCCAAUCACGUCUCUUUCCUGCGUGUCCCGGUAGCCAAUAGCACACCAGCAGGAAUGUGAUUGGCUGGGAGUGGGGCUGGGAGGGGAGACAAGGGCGGCGAGAUGAGAGACAAAUGACAUCUGCUUAACGUGUGGUAUAUUCCUGCGAUACAAGAGAUUGUUGUUUCAGACCCGGAGUGACAAGUGUAGGAGGCAGUGAGUGGUGACUGACGGGGCUCAACUGCUCUCCUGAACUGUUGCCGCUACACUGGUUUCCGACGUCCCUUGGCCAUUAAAGGUUGAGAGGUGAAGGCGCAGUAACGCUUAGUAACUCUCUCUCACCUUCCUGAGAAAAACCGCACAUUAGCUGAACUUUUUUGUGCCCGCUUUACAACUCCUUGAAGCUGACAAGGUGGAGAGAGACACGUGUGCUGGGAAGGAAAACACUAACAAGGACACCUCACUUCAAGAAACAAGCGAGGAAAGAGAAAUAAACGGGAAAAGCUAACGAUACAGAAAAACACAAGUGAAAAGACAGUAACCAGUGAGAAAAGGACAGUAAAAAAAGACUAUAAGAAAUAAAACCAACUUGAAAAAGGAGAAAACGACCAUUAACAGUGAGCGAAAAAAACAAAAAAACAGAAAUUGAAAGUCAGAGAGAAGCAAGAAUCCAGCAUUUUUUCUGUUCCCAUCACCGCCAAGAUGCUGAAGACGGAAAGUUUGUACAAGUUGCUUCUGAACAGCGGCUGCAGCACCAAGGUGAAGAACGAGAGCCUGCAGCACCACCUUCAGCAGCAGCAGCAGCAGCUCGGGGGCAGCGUGGUGGUGGAGCCGCAGGUCACACUGGAGGACAGGGACUUGUGGAACAGAUUUCAAGCACUGACGAAUGAGAUGAUUGUCACUAAGACCGGGAGACGGAUGUUCCCCGUGGUGAAGGUGUCAGUGCGUGGUCUCGAUCCUGAGGCGAUGUACUCUCUCGUGUUGGAGUUUGUGCAAAUUGAUAAUCACAGGUGGAAGUACGUGAACGGGGAGUGGGCGCCCGGUGGUAAGCCAGAGAGCCCCCCUCAGUCCCCAGUAUACCUGCACUGUGACUCUCCUAACUUUGGCAAGCACUGGAUGAGGGAACCCGUCAGCUUUGCCCGCGUCAAGCUUACCAACAAGACCAGCGCCACGGGACAGCAAAUCAUGCUCAACAGUCUCCACAAGUACGAGCCGCGGAUCCACGUGAUGCAGGUGGCGGGGGAGCAGCGGGUCCUGUCCUCCCAUUCCUUCCCAGAGUGUCAGUUCAUCGCAGUCACCGCCUACCAGAAUGAGGAGGUGACAGCGCUCAAGAUCAAGCAUAAUCCAUUCGCCAAGGCCUUUCUAGACUCCAAGGAGAGGCCAGACCACCACCACCACCACCACCAUGCCCACCACCACCACCACCACCCUCACUCGCACCACCCACGUGACCUCAUGGCUUCCUAUCCUCCUCACCAACAAUAUGGCUGGUACAUGCCUGCGGGGGCUGGAAUGUGUGGGGGAGGCGUGGCAUAUGGCCAGGCCCCGCCCCUAGCACCGCCCUCCGUCCCGCUGUCCUCCCGCCUCGCCUCCGUCAACAUGAGAAACCACAGGGUCGUUCCUUACACCUCCCCCACCCCCAGGGCAACCAGGACCCCCCCAGUGAGUUGUGUGGCGCAGCAGCAGGGCGGGGGCUACGGUCUGGCUGGCUUGGCUGCAGAGUGGCGGCAGCAGCAAUGGACUCACCACCAGACCCCCGCCACUGUGACCACCGCCUCGCCUUACCAGUGGUCGGGGCUGCAGGGCGGCUACACACACACCGGGACGGGGCUCUACCAGCAGUACCAGCAGAGACAGACGCAGGAAACAGUCACUCCCAUGGCUCCAUACGGCGACUCGUCCUCCUCGUCUUCAUCUUCCUCUCAGACAUUCACCACAAGUCGCUCAUCGCCUCCAUUCGACGCCGUGCCAGCUCUGAACGCUAACUCUACUUUAUUCUGCGGGGAUAGAGUGCAGGAGGAGACCACAGACCAGCAGAGUGUAAGUGGUGGCUCCCCUCACUCCGCUGGCUCCCCUCAGUGCAGCUCAGCCCAAGGGGAACUGUUUCUUAUCCCCCCGGAGCUAAACUACACAGGGUUAGCAGCCCACGACACACCAAGGAUUAAGGAUGAGAGUUUUGCAGAUCAUUUAGGUCACUACUCGUCUCCUACACAUGCCUGGAGCCCCCUGUCACCCCCUGCCUGUAUGUAGCGUCCCCCUGUUACUACCCUACCUCCCUGUCUCUGCUUUCCCUACCUCCACAGCCUGCAUAUAGCAUUCCACUGUCUUUCCCUCCAUCCCACUGCCUCCUCACUCCCUCUAGUUAAUCUCCGAGUACGUUUUCUCUGUCUUGUUUUGUUUUGUCUCCCUUCCAGAGGUCUUGAAAGAAAACGGAGGAGGUGCUGGCAAUGUGUGUGUAUGUGUAUGUGUGUGUGUGUGUGUAUUUGUAUAUACUGUACAGGCUCUUGUUUGGUCAUUAUUAUUUAUACAUUUGUAUUUUUGUGUGUUGUUUUUUUUUCAGUUUGUUCGUAGGUUAAUAUUCUUGUUUACUUUUUUUUUCUUCUAUUGUUUUGAUAUUUUCUGACGAGAUUCUCAGUGUGUGUGUGUGUGUGUGUGUGUGUGUGUGUGUGUGUGUGUUCGCUUAUGGAUAGUAUGAGGCUAUACAUAAACGAAUAAAUAAGUAAAUAGAUACAUAGAUAAAUCAGUCUCAAGGCUUUAGGGAAAUGAAAAAAAAAGACGAAGACUGAAAAGAAAACACUUAGAGUAAACAUAAAAAUAUAUUAAAGAGA